UCAAAACCUUUCAAAAAUCACAAAUCUUAUCCAUUUCUCCCAACUCAGUGGGGCACCAGUCACCGCUCACCACCCAUUCCUCUCAGCUCAAGGACCCCGAUUCCCUUAUAUUAUCACCUCUUAGCUCAAGACACCACUCACCACCCAUUUCUCUCAAGCUCGCCGAAGCACAGAAGGACGGACUUCGCAUCUCAAGCUUGCCUCCUUCCUGCUGCACAGUGAGUGGAUCUCAUGCUCGCCUACUCAUCCUUCCCGAUGCACAUCAUUAUAAGUAGCCGAAUGAAUCUUGAUAAGGGCAAGUACAAUUAGUAAGUGGAAUAUUACGAGUUCAUGACAGCAAUUCAGGACGUGAUUAAGGUGUAGCAUUCUAACUUUCUCUCCCUGCAAAGUUUCCCUGUGGUAGUAGUAGUUGUACAUAAUGGUAGUAUCCCCAAAAGCACAUGCCAUUUCUUGCCCGGCUUCUUCUCUAUAAAUCUGAAUCACUCACUAGUAAGGGAGGGCAACAACAAUGGAAGUGAGCAGCAGGUACGUGGUGACCAAGGCUCAUAUAGAUGGUGCACCAAAAGAGAGUGACUUUGAGCUCAAAUCUGAGUCUAUUUCCCUGUUGCUUGACUCUGGUUCCAAUGAUGUUAUAGUGAAAAAUCUCUUUGUAUCCAUAGACCCUUACCAGCUAAACCGCAUGAAGAGUCAGAGUUCAUCACAAAUAUAUUCCACAUUUGCAGCUGCAAUUAAUCCUGGCGAGGCUAUUGAUGCUUAUGGAGUGGCAAAAGUUUUGGUUUCUGGGAAUCCUGAAUUCCAGAAAGAUGACUUGGUUGUAGGGCUCAUUACAUGGGGGGAUUAUAGUGUCAUAAAACCAGGUGGCAUGCUGAGGAAAUUGGAUCCUAUGGGAUUUCCAUUGUCACACCAUGUUGGAAUUCUAGGAUUUAGUGGACUUACAGCCUAUGCUGGGUUUUUCGAAGUAUGCAAACCCAAGAAGGGGGAGAAGGUGUUUGUAUCUGCUGCUUCUGGAUCAGUUGGAAAUUUGGUUGGACAGUAUGCAAAGCUGUUUGGUUGCUAUGUAGUUGGCUCCGCCGGAAGCACAGAAAAGGUACAAAUCCUGAAAGAAAAGCUUGGUUUUGAUGAUGCAUUCAACUACAAGGAAGAAAGUGAUCUGAAGGCAACUCUCAGAAGGUACUUUCCUGAUGGGAUUGACAUAUAUUUUGACAAUGUUGGGGCAGAAAUGCAAGAGGCGGCAAUUGCUAACAUGAAUGUGUUUGGUAGAGUAGCAGUUUGUGGGGUAAUUUCUGAGUACACAGAUAGUGGAAGAAAAGCUGCACCUGAUAUGAUAGAUAUUGUGUAUAGGAGAAUCAAAAUCCAAGGGUUUUUAGCUAGCGAUUUCUUGAAUGUUUAUGCUGAUUUCAUUUCAACCACUUGUGAUCAUCUUCGUGCCGGCAAGAGGCACACACUUGAAGAUAUCUCAACUGGUGUGGAGAGCAUUCCCUCCUCAUUAAUUGGACUUUUUAGUGGUCAUAAUAUUGGGAAGAAGAUAGUUCAAUUAGCAUAUAGUCCAAUUGACAUAGAGGUUUGAAAAUCCUUAACUAAGACUUAGGCCUGUUUGAUUUAACCGUUAAAUACAGCUCAUGGCUGUUAGCUGAUAACUGUUACUGUUAGCUGAUGAUAGCUAUUUUAUUUUAAGUGUCUGGUAAAAUUAUAUUUAA